AUGGUAAACGAUUCGGCAAAACUCAGACUUUAUAAGUACAUCGAGAAAGACCCACACAUUCACAUACCGUUCAGACAGUGGGAAAUGCAUGAGUAUGCGAAUUUACCUACGACCAGUGAUUCCUUUUCCUGGCCUAUCCGUACGACCAACCAGUUGGAAAAACCGAGGUACAUAAUUGUCGGCUUUCAAACAGGUAGGAAAAACGACAUCACCAAGGAUAUGUCACAAUUCGAUUCUUGUGACGUAAAAGAUAUAAAAGUGUACCUAAAUUCGAUAUACUACCCUUAUGACGCUCUACUCUCAAAUACGGCGUUGUUUUACGACGCUUACGCAAAUUUUCAAAGUUCUUAUUACGGUAGAGUAGGCUCACCGAUAUUAAACUUUACAGAUUAUACAACAAAAUGUCCCAUUUACAUAAUCGAUUGUUCGAAACAAAACGAUUCAAUGAAGACAGGCCCUGUCGAAGUGAAGUUGGACAUUCAAACUAACAAAAAGUUUCCCGCCAACACUUGGGGAUAUUGCCUCAUCAUUCACGAUUGCCAUUACACUUACACGCCACUAACCGGCGACGUGCGAAAGAUCUCCGUCUGA